UCUCCGGGCAAGUGACAGCUGAAGUCGGCCCAGAACGAACCUCUGGUGCAGCCUUCGGGCUCCGCCCCCCAGCUCUGCAGUUCGAGCGCGCUUCCCCCACCCCACGCCGUUCCUGCAGUCUGGACAGGCCGGGUUCAGCCACUGCUUUCAUGUAGAACCUGAAACUGAAUAGACCAUGAAGGUCAAGGUUAUUUCAGUAUUGGAAGACAAUUACAUGUAUUUGGUCAUUGAAGAGAAUACCAGAGAAGCCAUUGCAGUAGAUGCAACAGUUCCCAAAAGGUUGCUGGAAAUUGUCAAGAAGGAGGGAGUGAAGCUGACAACCAUCCUCACCACUCAUCAUCACUGGGAUCAUUCCAGGGGCAAUGAGGAGCUGGUGCAACUGUGUCCAGGGCUUCAGGUGUAUGGUGCUGAUGAGCGCAUUGGUGCCUUAACACACAAGUUGACUCACAACCAGGAGCUCAAGUUUGGAGCCAUCUGUGUGCGGUGCUUGCUCACACCUGGCCACACCUUGGGCCACAUGUGUUACUUCAUGUGGGAAGACAACUGUCCAGAUGCUCCAGCUGUGUUCUCAGGCGAUGCCUUGUUCAUCGGUGGUUGUGGCCGACUCCUGGAAGGGACGCCAGAACAAAUGUAUCGGAGCCUCAAUGAAACCCUGGGGACUCUGCCCAAGGAAACCAAAGUGUUCUGUGGACAUGAGCACACUGUCAGGAAUCUCAAAUUUGCUUUGAAGGUAGAGCCUAAUAAUGAAACUGUGAAAACAAAGUUGGCUUGGGCCAAAGCUAGAGAUGAUGACGAUAUACCCACAGUGCCUUCGACCCUGGGAGAGGAGUUUCACUACAACCCUUUCCUGAGAGUAGUGGAAGAAUCUAUCCAGAAAUUCACUGGGAAAAAGGAUCCAGUAGAGGUCAUGAAAGUUCUACAUAAGGAAAACGACAACUUCAAAAAACCUGUGGAACCACUGGACCCCCGUGCAGUCCUUGCACUAGAAUGGGGCCUCUUGGGCUCUUUAGUGCAAAAGAAAUAAAGCUAGUGAAACCAGCACUUGUGAAUUGGGCCCACCUCACCUGACAUUUGGCGACACUACAGCUGGGAAGGACUCCUAGAGUCUUCUGUACACUUGCUUGUUUUAAAUUAAUCCUUCAGAGAGCUUCUCCUAGGCUUACUUUGGCCUACUGCUAAUAAGAUUUUGGGGAUGAAUCUUCAAUUUCUUUGGGAGAUGGUUUCAAUCUCUGAGUGAUUUUUUUAUAGUUGGCUAACCUGUGAUUUUAAUCUGAUUUGGCCUUAUUUCAAAGGGUUAAGAGCCCUAUAGCUGCAGUAAGAGACCUGGUUUUGAGGCCUGGCUCCAUCCCUUACUGGCUGUUUGACGUUGGGCAAGUCAUUCCACUUCAGUUUCAUCUGUAAAAUUAGGGACUGAAUUAAAUGCUUUCUGAAAUCUCUAUA